GCCUGCAGAGGGCACCCGGAGUCCAGCACGCGGGCGGCGGAUCCUCGCGAACAUGGCAGCGCCGAGGUUUGUGUUUGGGCUGGUGCUGCCUCUAGUCCUGCUGGCCGCCACGAGUGCAGAUGUUGGUUUUCGCUUUGCCUCCUACAUCAAUAACUACAUGGUGCUGCAGAAGGAGCCCGCAGGGGCAGUGAUUUGGGGCUAUGGCACAUCGGGAGCCACAGUGACGGUGACUCUGUACCAAGAUCAGGAAACCAUCAUGGAGAAAGUGACAAGUGUGAAAGCACACUCUAACAGCUGGAUGGUGGUACUGGAUCCUAUGAAGCCUGGUGGACCUUAUGAGGUGAUGGCACAGCAGACAUUUGGGAAAACGAACUUCACCCUGAGAGUUCAUGAUGUCUUAUUUGGAGAUGUCUGGCUUUGCAGUGGGCAGAGUAACAUGCAGAUGACGGUUUCACAGAUAUUCAAUGCCACCAGGGAGCUGGCUAACACCGCAGCCUAUCAGUCUGUCCGCAUCUUCUCCGUGUCACUCAUUCAGGCAGAGCAGGAGCUGGAGGAUCUUGCUAAGGUUGACUUGCAGUGGGCUAAGCCCACCACAGAGAACUUAGGCCAUGGAAUUUACGAGUACAUGUCAGCAGUGUGCUGGCUCUUUGGGCGUAACUUGUAUGACACUCUGCAGUACCCCAUUGGGCUGAUCUCCUCCUCAUGGGGUGGGACACCCAUUGAAGCCUGGUCAUCUGAAAGGUCGCUGAAAGCCUGUGGCGUUCCUACACAAGGGUUCACUCAAUCUAAUUCUGUGACUGGUCUCAGUAACCACUCUGUUCUCUGGAAUGCCAUGAUCCAUCCACUGCAUAAUAUGACUCUUAAAGGGGUGAUAUGGUACCAGGGGGAGUCCAAUAUGAAUUUUAACAGGGAUCUGUACAACUGCACAUUCCCUGCACUCAUUGAAGACUGGCGCCAAACCUUUCACCAUGGCUCCCAGGGGCAGACUGAGCGCUUCUUCCCAUUUGGAUUUGUCCAGUUAUCUUCCUAUUUGUCUGCACCCUCGGAUGAUACAUUUCCCCAGAUCCGUUGGCAUCAAACAGCAGACUUUGGCUAUGUCCCCAACCUGAGGAUGCCCAACACUUUCAUGGCGGUAGCAAUGGAUCUCUGCGAUAGGAAGUCACCUUUUGGCAGCAUCCACCCUCGAGACAAGCAGACUGUGGCCUACCGGCUGCACUUGGGGGCCCGUGCAGUGGCUUAUGGGGAGAAGGUGAUCUUUCAAGGACCACUGCCUGAGAAGAUGGAACUCUUGGCCGACAAGGGGCUGCUCAACCUCACGUAUUCGCAGGAGAUCCAGGUGCAGAGGCAGGACAAGAUAUUUGAGAUCUCAUGUUGCAGCGAUCAUCAGUGCAAGUGGCUCCCGGCUCCCAUGGAUGCCUUCUCGGCUCAGACUCUGACUCUGAGUACUGGUUCUUGUCGUGGCACUCUGGCUGCUGUUCGCUAUGCCUGGGCCACAUGGCCUUGUGAAUAUAAGCAGUGCCCCAUCUACCAUCCCAGCAGCACCCUGCCAGCGCCUCCCUUCAUUGCUUUCAUGACCAACUAGACUCCUGGAGAGCACAGCAAGCUUGCUAAUUGACUUAGUGGCAUAUGAUCAUAUAUUGAACUUAAGUGUGGGUCCUUUAGAUUUGGAUUUUUGGUGUUGAAGUGAUGACUAUUGCUUUUCUUUUUUUUUUGACUAUUGCUUUUAAAGGCAACUAACAGAAAAGCACUGGGCAGCUCCCUGCUAGCACAUGGCUGUUUCUGUAUUCUGAUUAUGAGAUGAGCCAGUACUGGCAGGCAAACGAGAUGCUUGCCUUUUGUCCCCUAAUCAGCCUAGGUGUCUUACUGGACUAAUUCCCAGCUACAAACAAAUGGAACCUGUGUCAUUUACUUCCCUGUGGGGAGUGUGACCUGUCACACAGUUGCCCCCUUAUGUCCAGAAUUGUGGAAACUCAUGGUUGGAAGGAACUUCAAGGCCACGUGGGCCAGCUCAUACUAAUGUGUUCUUUACGAAACCUGGCAAGUGGUUACUGAAUCUCUGUAUGAAGUUUCUAAACUUCCUAAGUUUUUCCUUAUGUGGAACCGAAAUCUUUCUAGCCUUAUUUGUGUUCUCUCUUCAGCCAAAAACAGUUCUGUUCCUUUGGUCUAAAUAACAAUAACCUGAGUGUUUGAAACCAGCCAGCACUGCACACAGGCAUUUGGUGAGGUGCGUAGAGGCUGCCUAAAAGGGUCAGGAGAAAGAGGCACGUACUGGCUCUGGACAACGUGAAAACAGAGGUCAUGGAGGGGCAAUUAGGCUCAGUAGAAAUCUGAGGUAAGAGGUUUACCUAUAAAAAGGAUAACCCAGGGCAACCCUGGUGGCUUAGCGGUUUAGCGCCGCUUGCAGCCCGGGGUGUGAUCCUGGAGACCUGGGAUCGAGUCCCACGUCGGGCUCCCUGCAUGGAGCCUGCUUCUCCCUCUGCCUGUGUCUGUGUCUCUGCCUCUCUCUCUCUCUGUGUCUCUAUGAAUAAAUAAAAUCUUAAAAAAAAAAAAAAAAGGAUAACCCAGAUAGAAGAAAAAAGAGGCUGAAAAUAAAGCUACACGAUAAGCAUUUAGAAAAAUAAUCCAGAUGGGACAAAUGUGAAAGUGGGCUCUGUGUGUGUACUGUUAAUCAUACUGCUGUUUACUGGUUGAUUAAAAACGCUAACUGCACCUGA